AUGUCGAAAAAUACAGAUAAACCUAUUCACAUGUUUCGCCAAGUAUGGUCGAAAUUUAAAAACCGAGUGUCAACUAGGCUUAAACCUCAAGAAAAAUGGGUUCAUCCAAAAGAUAGAAUUAAAAGGUGGAAAAUUGUUGAAGGAGAUACGGUCAAAGUUAUCGCAGGUGAUGCUAAACAUCAAAUUGGGAAGGUUAAGUCGGUCGAUAUGUUUACUAAUAGAGUUUGGGUAGAUGGUGUAAAAGUGGGUAGAAGUACUUCGCCUAAUGAAAUUUCAAGUGCCGCAGAUCAAUCAGAAAAAAAGGGUGGAUGGUGGUUACGACCAACUCUGAAAGCAAUUCACGUAUCAAACGUUAUGCAUAUAUAUCCCGAUGAUUUGAAAGAUGAUUCCAUUGCAGAUAAAGAUAAGAGACGCGUUCGAACUAGAUGGAAAAAAAUCGAUAUUGAUGGAGAAGGGACGAUGAGAUGGCGACGUGUAGUUUGUGGGACCGAUAAUGUCAUCAUACCUUUCCCACCGAGACCAGAAAAGUCAGAAUAUAAUCAAGAAAAAUCACCAUGGGAUACUUCAAAAGAACUAGCAAGUGAAAUGACAUGGACAGUUUCAAAAGAUUAUCCAUUACCUCCGGGCGUGAUUGAUGAAUUGCGUAAUCGACAUAAACCUUGGAGAUAUAAUUAUCUUCAUAAAAAUAGACCUUUUGUUUAA